AUGGCGGCGGCGAUGCGAGAGUUGCAGCAGCAGCUGGAGGCAGAAGUGAACGCGCUGCGGUCCCUGGAGAAGGACAUAGCGCGCAACCACAAGGUGCGGCGGCAGUACAGCCUGCAGCUGAACGAGAACGAGAUGGUGCACAAGGAGCUGGAUUUACUAGAAGAAGAUGCCAGGGUGUUCAAGCUGAUCGGCCCAGUGCUCGUGCCUCAAGACCUGGCAGAGGCGCGGGCGAACGUGGGGAAGCGGCUCGAAUAUAUAUCCACUGAAGUUAAGCGGCUGGAGGGGGCGUUGAAGCAGCUGGAGCAGAAGCAGGCAUCAAAGCAACAGGACAUAAUGCAAGCCCAGCGAAAGCUUCAAGCUUUCCAUGCACAGCGGAGCCAAUAA